AUGAACAUCUUUACUAAGGUCCCAGGAUUAGCCCUCCAAACCAGCAAGCUGGGGUCUGUGCUCCAACGUGCUUUCUACGGGUCCAGUGGCAGGGUGACCCUCUUUGAGCAGAGGAACUUUGCUGGCCGACAGCUGGACCUGAGUUCUGACUGCCAGAAAGUCAGUGAAAGGAACUUCCCAGAGAGAUGCAAUUCCGUGCAGGUGGAGAACGGAGCGUGGGUAGGAUAUGAGAACGAGAAUUUCCGUGGACGGCAGUACCUAUGGGACAUGUCAGACCGGGGGGAGUACAACUCCUGUGACAAGUGGGGUGCACAGAUUGACCGCAUCUCCUCUGUGCGCUCAGUCAAACAGGACAGCUCCCCUCCAAGAGCCCAGCUGUUUGAGCGGGCUGGUUUCUCUGGGAAAAAGGCCGAGCUGCAGGACGACAUUCCCAAUCUGAUGAGCCGUUUCAACAUGAAUAGGGCUGUGUCCAUCCGCAUCCUGGGUGGGGCCUGGGUGGUGUACCAGGAGCCCAACUACAGAGGACACCAUUACGUGCUGGAGAAAAGGGACUACAACAGUUACUCUGACUGGGGGGCACAGGCCAGCACUGUUGGGUCCAUCCGCCAGGUUCGAUUCAACUGA